GCCAGAGCUCCUCAUCACUUUUCUGCUCUGCUUCACAAUGUGGCUGUGUGAUUUGUUUCUGUGGCCUGAUCUGAGGGGUAUGUUGCUUUUUAUUUUUGCUGUUCUCCUCCUCGUAGUAUAUUUUCUUCACAAAAAGGAUCCACCGAACUUUCCUCCAGGACCACCGGCUCUGCCUGUCUUAGGAAACGUCUUCAGCAUUGAAUCCAAACAGCCUCAUAUUUACCUCACCAAGCUGGCUGAUGUUUAUGGGAAUGUGUUCUGCAUAUGUCUGGGAAGACACAAAACAGUGUUUGUGUCCGGGUGGAAGAUGGUGAAGGAAGCUUUAGUGACGCAGGCUGACAGCUUUGUGGACCGACCUUACAGCCCGAUGGUGACCAGAAUAUAUUCAGGGAACUCAGCUGGUCUUUUCUUCAGUAAUGGGAGGGUGUGGAGGAGACAGCGGCGUUUUGCCAUGACCACGUUACGCACCUUCGGUCUGGCCAAGAGCUCCGUGGAGCAGAGCAUCUGUGACGAGAGUCAGCAUCUGCAGGAGGCGAUGGAGGAGGAGGAAGGUGAACCGUUCGACCCUGUGCCGCUGCUGAACAACGCCGUGGCCAACAUCAUCUGCCAGAUAGUGUUCGGGAGGCGGUUUGACUACAAUGACCACAACUUCCAGAGCAUGCUGAAGAAUCUCACCGAGAUGGCCUAUCUGGAAGGCUCAAUAUGGGCUCUACUGUAUGAUGCGUUUCCAGCACUUAUGAAACACCUGCCAGGGCCUCACAACGGCAUCUUCAGCAGCGCCAGAUCUCUGGAAGCAUCCAUCAGAAGAGAGAUUGAGAGACACAAGCUGGAACUGGACCCCAGCAACCCACGGGAUUACAUCGACAACUUCCUCAUAGAGGAGAAACACAACAGAAACAGCGAAGAGGGCUUUGAUGAAGGAAACCUGGCUCUGUGCUGUCUGGAUCUGUUCCUGGCUGGCAGUGAAACCACUUCAAAGACUCUGCAGUGGGGACUCAUCUACCUCAUCCAGAACCCUCACAUCCAGGAGAAAGUCCAGGCAGAGAUUGACAGAGUGAUUGGACAGACCAGACAGCCCACCAUGGCCGACAAACCAAACCUGCCUUAUACUGACGCCGUCAUCCACGAGAUCCAGAGGAUGGGAAACAUCGUUCCACUGAAUGGACUCAGGAUGGCUGCUAAAGACACAAUGCUGGGAGGUUACUUAAUACCAAAGGGCACCUCUGUGAUGCCGAACCUGACCUCUGUGCUAUUUGACAAGAAUGAAUGGGAAACUCCAAAAACCUUCAACCCUGAACACUUCCUAGAUGCUGAGGGGAGGUUUGUAAGGAGGGAGGCAUUUUUACCUUUCUCUGCAGGAAGGCGUGCGUGUCUCGGUGAAGGCCUGGCGAGGACGGAGCUGUUCCUGUUUUUUGUCAGUUUGUUGCAGAGGUUUAAUUUUUCCACCCUGGAUGGAGUUGAGCUGAGUACAGAAGGAAUCACCGGAGCCACACGAACACCGUUUCCCUUUAAGAUCUAUGCAAAGUCCCGCUAAACCCUGCAAACCAUCCCCUUAAAGACUGAAUGCUGCAGUAAAGCUUACUUUCAUUCAUAUCUGUUGUAGUUAUGGAUAGUUUUCCUGUAAAUUCUAAAAUCUUGGCACCAUUUAUAUUCCGAUGAUGGUGGUACAAGGAAAUGUUCUUAACAACAGGCAAGACAGAGGAACUAUGGUGUGCUGUUUGUUCAGCUACAACAAUGGAAGAAGUAUUCAGAUCCUUUACUCAAGCAAAAGUACCAAUACAGCAAUGUGAAAAUGAUUUGAUAAUGAGAAAAAGUUCAGCACGAAAAAGUACCUAGUUGUUGCAGGUCUGCACUCCUUUAUAUCCAGUUUUCUAUUAAAGGACAGCAGAUUAUCACAUGAUUAAUAGGGCGGGUUGUCAGUUGUUAGUCAUUUUUGUAAUAUUUGAUUGCUGGUGAGAUGUUGGAUUAGUUGAACAUUUACUGAAAUGAAACCAUGUAAGAUGUUUGGAGUGAAAACAAUCACAGUUUGGUGGAGCUCAGACAUGUGAAAUGUGAUCUACAGCUUUUUCCAAGAGGAGGGGACGUUAGAAACCACCGUGUGAUAUUUAACAUUGUGUUGUAUUUUAAAAGUUUAAUAUAUUAUGUAUUAUGUAAAAUGUUAAUCUAAAAAAAGAACUAAAGUUCUGGAGAAUGGGAGUGUAAAGUAACAUAAAAUGGAGAUACUCAAGUACCUCAGAACUGUACUAAAACACAUUGCUUAAGUAAAUGUACUUCGUUGCUUUCAACACUGUUUUUGAGAUUAUUUCUUACUAGGUCUAACAUUUAUUUUCAUUAAUCUGUCAAACAUUUUCUCAGUUAGUUGAAAUGUCCCAAAAUGGUGAAAGAUGUUGAUCUGAUUUUUUCCAGAGCCUAAGAGAAAGCCUGUAGAUGUCUGGUUUCACCCACAACACAAAUACAUUCAGCUGAAGGUCACCGAGAGGGAAAGAAACUAGAAAAUAUUAAAGAAGCCAGAAUCAGAAACUGUAAAAAUUCUUCACCAGUGGCCACAAGCAGCAGCAAAACUCAAGUUCAACAACUCUCACAAUGAAGUCUGGUAUUUUGUAUUUGUUAUAUUAUGAGUGAUUCAAUCUCAUUGGACUACUGCAAACUAUAAAAAUAAACAUGAUAUUAGAAAGGC